AAAUUUUUGUGGGAGCACUUUUCAAAUCGACUAAUCCCUUCAGUUGCCAAACUCCGAAUGGCUGAACGAUUUUCGUUUGCUGAUGCUCAACAAAUGCCCUCAUUUCGUAUCAAGUUUCAACUUGUUUGCUUGGCAUCAGGCUUCAUGGCUUGGUCGAUUCUCCCCGACCAAUCCAAGAAGCCUGCUUGGUAUCACUCAGCCAAGCAGCGAGCGAGCACGUGCAACUUUUCAUACGGGACGAAAUAUCAUUGAGUUUGGGACCGCACAUUUCAAAUGCAUUCAGCUUCUCUAUCUCCUUACUGAUUUUCCAGAAUUAAAAUAAUUUAUUUCUGUCUCCAAUUAACUUUCAAAAUAAAAGUAAACGCUCUAUUCAAUAUUGCACCGGUGCAAGAUGUUAGUACCUCAUCAUCCACCAGUGUGUCCCAAAUGCUUCAAAAUGAAUCAUACGAAGUAUAACUGCCCAGAAGGUCGAGAAUUAAUUAAUCUCGACCCUCAGUACACAGUUCGAUCGUCCAUCGAAAUGUGUUACAAUUGCGGAGAGGACAAUCAUAAGCGGGAGAAUUGUCCACUUCCCCCAAACCCCCCAGAAUUCCAAAGUGCUCUCAGAAGGAAGGGAGUCGAGGCUAAGCGUCGUGCUGGGGUCAUUCCUGGAUUUAACAGAGGUGGAGUGGAGGAGCAGAAGAGGUUGCAACGCCAACAAUGGCAGACGGAUGGACGCAGCAUUCCACUACGUUUGAUUGAAAAAGAGCUGGAAGAUGUCAUGAUCUGGCUGGAGGAAUUCAAACGUAAGACGAUCUCAUUAAGGGCCCUACGCAUUCUCCAGUCGGAACAGGAUGAUGACGACGCUGUGGUGAUUUCUCGACAGACGGAAGUAAAGGCUGCCGAGGCUGAACUUCGAUCGUUUCUCCCCCGGAUCAAACAAAUUGUGAAUAUUGCGAAAGGGCGACUAUGGAACUUGAACUAUUUGGAGGUGUCAUUUCUGGAUUCAUACACUAGGUCAAUUGAGGAAAUAAGGACGGAAUUGGUCAACUUUAUUAUGCCAGAAGCACGUUGUCUUGCUUUUUCAUGGACCGCUCCAGUUCAGUAAAUUUGUUACAACAAUCAAUAAAAGAAGAAAGUUUUCCUUUAUUUUCUAAUAGUUCAGUUUCUUACCGUAAUCUCGAUAUCCUCCCCUGAAAAUAGUAGAUCAGAGGAUGAGAAUUUAAUUUGUGACCAUUUAAUAAAUAAAAUAACGAAUACCCUCAGUGAGAUUUGCACUUCGAGCAAAUAUUUAAAUGUACAUAAGUACCGUACCUUCAUAUCCCGAGAGAACAUCCAGGCUGCAAUUUUAAUAAAAGUAGAUUUUUAGAAAUGA